CUAGUGUGCUUCCUUGCUUCGUCUUAAAGCCAUGUACUUUUUGUCCCAUUUAAGCUACAUUUCCUCAUUCUCACUUAACUGUCUGGCUUAUUUUUAGAUUAUGACUGGGUUUUGCCAAUGAACUUCAAGCUUUCUUCAUGUGGGUGUUUUGAAAAUUUAAUCUUUUCUGCAUAUCAUAUCGAACUUUUGCAGUGGGAUUGACAUGAAUUUGGUCUAAAUUGUCUCGGGUACGACCAGUGAAAUUAGAUGGAUCCAUCAGAAGACGAGAAACCAUUUCAUGCAUGGUCAUGGCCUGUUGAACAAUGUCUGAAAGAGUAUUCAGUGAAAAUAGACAAGGGAUUGAGCACUUAUGAGGUGGAGAAGCGGCUAGAGAAGUACGGUUGGAAUGAGCUCCAGAAGGAGAGGAGGAAGCCCCUAUGGUUGUGUGUUCUGGAGCAGUUUGAUGAUACGCUUGUCAAGAUUCUACUGAUUGCAGCCUUCAUUUCAUUUAUUCUGGCUUAUCUGCAUGGAAGUGAGGCUGGAGAUUCUGGCUUGGAGGUCUAUGUAGAGCCAAUUGUGAUUAUCUUGAUCUUAGUUCUUAAUGCCAUUGUAGGGGUGUGGCAAGAGAACAAUGCUGAAAGGGCUCUUGAUGCCCUCAAGGAGAUGCAAUGCGACUCGUGCAAAGUGCGCAGAGAUGGACACCUAGUGCCAGGUUUGCCGGCUAAAGAACUUGUGCCAGGGGAUAUCGUAGAACUGCGAGUUGGUGAUAAAGUGCCUGCUGACAUGAGAGUUGCAGCUUUGAAAACCUCAACAGUAAGAGUUGAGCAAAGCUCCUUGACAGGGGAGGCAAUGCCUGUCCUGAAAGGCACUGAUCCUAUAUUCUUAGAUGACUGUGAGCUGCAGGCCAAAGAGAACAUGGUAUUUGCUGGAACAACAGUGGUGAAUGGUAGCUGCAUCUGUCUUGUGGUUAACACUGGGAUGCACACAGAAAUCGGGAAGAUACAGAAACAAAUUCAUGAGGCCUCACUGGAAGAGAGUGACACUCCUCUGAAGAAGAAGCUCGACGAAUUUGGGAACAGGCUUACAACUGCAAUUGGCAUUGUAUGCCUCAUUGUGUGGGCUGUCAAUUAUAAAUAUUUUCUCACAUGGGAGAUUAAGCAUGGAUGGCCUACUAAUUUCCGGUUUUCUUUUGAGAAGUGCACCUACUAUUUCAAAAUAGCUGUUGUCCUUGCAGUCGCAGCUAUCCCAGAAGGUCUCCCAGCAGUAAUAACUACUUGUCUUGCUCUUGGUACAAGAAAAAUGGCACAAAAGAAUGCAAUAGUGCGGAAGCUUCCAAGCGUGGAGACUUUAGGAUGCACUACUGUGAUUUGUUCAGAUAAAACUGGCACAUUGACUACUAACCAGAUGUCUGUGACAGAAUUCUUCACACUUGGAGGAAAAACUACAAUUUCUCGAAUAUUUAGUGUUGAAGGCACAACCUAUGAUCCUAAAGAUGGUGGAAUAGUUGACUGGAACUGCUAUAAUAUGGACGCGAACUUGCAGGCCUUGGCAGAAGUCUGUGCACUGUGCAAUGAUGCAGGAAUAUACUCUGAUGGCCAGCUAUACAGAAUGACAGGGCUGCCAACUGAGGCAGCUCUUAAAGUCUUGGUUGAAAAGAUGGGAGUCCCAGACAGUAAGGCAAGGAACAAAAUCCGCGAUGCUCAGCUUGCAGCAAAUUAUUUGAUUGAUCACAACACAGUUAAGCUAGGUUGCUGUGAAUGGUGGACAAGAAGAUCAAAGAGAGUUGCAACUCUGGAGUUCGAUCGUGUACGUAAGUCAAUGAGUGUUAUUGUGCGGGAGCCAUGUGGGCGUAAUCGGCUUCUUGUCAAGGGUGCUGUUGAGAGUCUGUUAGAACGCACCUUGUACAUCCAGCUGGCAGAUGGAUCAAUUGUUCCAAUUGAUGAGCCUUGUCGGCAACUGCUGCUCUCGAGACACUCAGAGAUGAGUUCAAAGGGAUUGCGGUGCUUGGGUAUGGCAUACAAGGAUGACUUAGGAGAGCUUUCAGACUAUUAUGCUGAGGGUCAUCCUGCAUAUAAGAAAUUACUCGAUCCUUCCUGCUUCUCCUUGAUAGAAAGUAAUCUAGUUUUUGUUGGAGUUGUUGGUUUAAGGGACCCUCCUCGUGAGGAGGUUCACCAAGCAAUUGAAGAUUGUCGAGGAGCUGGUAUCAAGGUGAUGGUAAUAACUGGAGAUAACAAGUCCACUGCUGAGGCAAUCUGUCGCGAGAUUCACUUGUUUAGUGAGGAUGAUGACCUUGCAGGGAGGAGUUUUAGUGGGAAAGAAUUUAUGGAACUUUCAUCUGUGGAACAAAUGAAGAUAUUAAAUGAACCUGGAGGAAAGGUUUUUUCUAGAGCAGAACCUAGACACAAGCAAGAAAUAGUGCGGAUGCUAAAAGAGAUUGGUGAGAUUGUUGCAAUGACUGGAGAUGGUGUUAAUGAUGCUCCUGCGCUGAAACUUGCAGAUAUUGGAAUAGCAAUGGGCGUUACCGGAACAGAGGUUGCAAAAGAAGCAUCGGACAUGGUUCUUGCUGAUGAUAAUUUCAGUACCAUAGUAUCAGCCAUUGCAGAGGGUCGCUCAAUUUACAACAAUAUGAAAGCUUUCAUCAGAUACAUGAUAUCAUCUAAUUUUGGGGAGGUGAUAGCCAUAUUCUUGACUGCUGCUCUUGGCAUACCAGAAUGUAUGAUACCUGUACAGUUGCUGUGGGUAAAUUUGGUUACUGACGGUCCACCUGCUACAGCACUUGGAUUUAACCCAGCUGAAGUUGACAUAAUGCAGAAACCACCGCGGAGGAGCAAUGAUGCUCUAAUAAGCUCUUGGGUGUUGUUCCGCUACAUGGUAAUUGGGUCUUACGUUGGAUUAGCUACUGUCGGCAUUUUCAUUUUGUGGUACACUCGUGCUUCCUUUUUGGGCAUCAACCUCGUAAGUGAUGGGCACACGCUUGUUGAACUAUCUCAGCUUCGCAACUGGGGAGAGUGCCCAGGAUGGUCAAAUUUUGUUGCUGCUCCAUUUACAGUUGCUGGAGGUCGUGUUAUAACUUUUUCAAACCCUUGUGACUAUUUCUCUGUCGGUAAAGUGAAGGCCAUGACUUUGUCCCUAUCUGUGUUGGUGGCAAUUGAGAUGUUUAAUUCUCUGAACGCUCUCUCCGAAGAUACUAGUUUGAUCAAAAUGCCUCCAUGGAGAAACUGUUGGCUGCUGCUUGCCAUGUCAGUCUCAUUUGGUCUACACUGCCUGAUACUCUAUGUUCCUUUGUUGGCAGACGUUUUUGGAAUAGUUCCCCUGACUUUUAACGAAUGGCUUCUUGUUCUCUUGGUAUCAGCUCCUGUAAUCCUUAUUGAUGAACUCCUCAAAUUUGCGGGAAGGAGAAAAACGCAGAGAAGAAAGGUCAAGGCUGCAUGACAGUCUGGGUUAGAAGUAUUGAAUGCCUUUUUUUUAAAAAAAAAAUUUUGGGGCAAGGGUAACUGUAUACAAUCAUGUUUACAAGUGAAGAAAUAUUUCUUUGACUAUUUUCAGAUUCCGCCCUUCAAUUUUAGAAUGAAAAAUAUCAGUAGUUGUA